AAAACCUCUCUCUCCUUCUCCCUCUCUCUUUUCUCUAUAUCUCACUCCCUCUCCACCUCAGUCGUUCUCUCUACCUCUUUCUCUCCCACUCUCUCUCCCUCCCGCAUUGAGCAGAAGGUCUCUGUUGUGCGUAGGAGUCGAGACUGAGCCCGCGGUUAAGUGCUGAGUCGGACUAUGCUGUACGGAACAUCUGCCAGUAGCCCAGUUGUACCAGAGCCCAGCUGUCACCAUUACUUCAUCCGCAUUGGCCGGCAGCGCGAGGAGAGCUGAGCAAGGCAAACAACGAAGUAGCGAGCCGCUCAACCCCUGCGCCCUUUUGAUCGAUUCGCAACCGUCCGGGCCGAAGUGGACGUUGGCCAAACGUUUUGGACAAAUUACACUCUACAUGAAAGAUGGUACACAUACAUUUGGUCGUGGUUGCCAUGGUGCUCCUGCAGUGUCCCAGAGGACGAUGGGCGUACGUCUUCCAGGCCAGCCGGCCCGGGGAAGGAGGAGAAUCACCCCCAAAACUUCCCAUCUCAGACUUCCCGUGGGUGAGUUCGGCGGGCUCCUGUAAGGGGCGGUGCUUCGAGCUGGACGAAGCUGAGCCUCCCGGAUGCAGAUGUGACAACUUGUGCAAGACGUACUGCAGCUGCUGCACCGACUUCGAUGAGCACUGCCUGAAAACAGCGGGGGGGUUUGAGUGCAGCGAGAGCCGCUGUGGGGAGACCAGGAACGAUGACCACGCUUGCCACUGCUCCGAGGACUGCCUGGAGAGAGGAGACUGCUGCUCCAACUACAAGUCUCUCUGCCAAGGAGAAGCUACAUGGCUGGCUGGAGACUGUGUGGAAAUCACAAGCCCAAAAUGCCCUGCAGGGUUCAUCCGGCCCCCUCUCAUCAUGCUGUCAUUGGACGGUUUCAGGGCGUCCUACAUGAAGAAGGGGAAAACAGUCAUUCCCAACAUGGAGAAGCUCAGAACAUGUGGUACCCACGCCCCCUACAUACGACCUGUGUACCCGUCUAAAACCUUCCCAAACCUUUACACCCUAGCCACAGGUCUAUAUCCAGAGUCCCACGGCAUUGUGGGUAACACCAUGCAUGACCCGGUCUUUGACGCCAACUUCAACCUGAGGGGCAGAGAGAAACUGAACCAUCGUUGGUGGGGGGGCCAGCCUAUUUGGAUCACCGCAGAGAAACAAGGAGUGAAAGCUGGCACCUUCUUCUGGCCGUGGGUGAUCCCCCUGGAGAGGAGAAUACUGACCAUAUUGAGGUGGCUUAGUCUCCCUGACGACGAGAGACCGUAUGUCUAUGCAGUCCACUCAGAGCAGCCAGACACGUUUGGACACAGGCUGGGUCCUUUAAGCAGCGAGCUGGACAACCCCUUGAGGGAGAUAGACAACAUCAUUGGGCAGCUGAUGAACGGCCUGAAACAGAUGGAUCUUCAUCGCUGCGUCAACAUCAUCAUCGUGGGAGACCACGGUAUGGAGGAGGCCCACUGUGACAAGAUGGAGUUCCUGAGCUCCUACCCUCUCAACAUAGACGAAAUCCAGCUGAUCCCAGGGUCUCUGGGCAGAGUCAGGCCCCGCGACCCCAAGUCUACUACCUAUGACCCCAAAGUAGUAGUUGCCAAUCUCACAUGUAAGAUGCCGAGUCAGCACUUCAAGCCGUACCUGAAGCAGCACCUUCCUAAGAGGCUUCACUACGCCAACAACCGCAGGAUAGAGGACGUCCACCUGCUCAUGGAGAGGAAGUGGCACAUCGCCAGGAAAAUGCCAGAAAACCGAAAGCCCCCAGGGAGAUGUGGUUUCUUUGGCGAUCACGGUUUUGACAACAAGAUCACCAGCAUGAAGACUAUCUUUUUGGGCCAUGGGCCAACCUUUAAGUUCCGGAAGCAAGUGCCUGCGUUUGAAAACAUCGAGUUGUACAACGUCAUGUGUGAUCUCCUGGGGUUAAGCCCUGCCCCUAACAACGGAACCCAUGGCAGUCUGAAUGACAUGUUGAGGUCCCCUCCUUACACCCCCGCCAUGCCUGAGGAGGUCUCCACCCCAUUACCCCUCCUCGCCGACCCAGCCUCCCCGGCCACCUACACCCUAGGAUGCAGCUGUGAUGACGAGAACCAGGUGGAGGAGAGCAGUCAGCCGUUCAGCCCAGACCCAGAUGGUGUCUACUCCUACAACACCACCCACCUGCCCUACGGCCGUCCUGCCGUGCUGUUUGAGAGCCGCUAUAGUCUGCUGCACCACGUAGACUUCAUCAGCGCCUACAGCCUGGAGCUGGCCAUGCCGCUCUGGACCUCCUUCACCCUGCCCCGACAGGAGGGCGUGACCUCCGUGGCGGAGGCCGGGAGCGGGUGUGUGAGGGCGGACACGCGGGUGCCUCAGGAGCACAGCCUGGCCUGCAGCAGCUCGUCCAGCCUGGACACGGGGCUCACCCAGGGCUUCCUCUACCCCCCAGAGCUGGCCACAUCUCCAGAAUCCAGAUAUGACGCCUCGCUCAUCACCAACACAGUCCCCAUGUACCCUGCCUUUAAGAAGGUGUGGAGCUACUUGCAGGGGGUGCUGCUCAGGCGCUACGCUGACGAGACCAACGGCAUCAACGUUGUCACCGGGCCCAUCUUCGACCACAACUACGACGGCCUCCGCGACACCACCGCCAAGAUCAAAGAGUCUGCAGGGGCCUCGGUGCCGGUUCCGACCCACUACUUCAUGGUGGUGACGGGCUGCCAGGAGCUCAACCAGACGGCGGACGAGUGCGAGGGCCCUCUCAGCGCCUUCUCCUUCCUGCUGCCCCACCGGCCCGACAACUCUGAGAGCUGCAACAGCGCUGAGGAGGAGUCCCAGUGGGUGGAGGAGCUGCUUCACCUCCACACGGCCCGCGUCCGGGACGUGGAGAUCCUGACAGGCCUGGACCUCUACAGGGUCACCAACCUCACCCUGCCCCACACCCUCUCCCUCAAGACAUACCUGCGCACCUUCGAGGCGGACGACUAACACGUGCGCGCUCCUGUUUCACCCUCCUGUCCCACGGUGCCUUUCUUCCUGUUUGUAGCUGGCUCGAUAUGGUUCUCCAUCUCUGUUCAUCCCUCUCCCUCUCUGCCUCUCCCUCUCUGCCUCUCUCUCUCUGCCUCU